UCCUGCUUUUGUUAAUAAAGUUCUUUUUGAAGCCUGCAAAGAUGGCGGACUACGACCUGACAACUAAGAUAGCACAUUUUUUGGACCGGCAUUUGGUUUUUCCACUGUUGGAGUUCCUCUCCGUUAAAGAGAUCUACAAUGAGAAAGAACUUCUUCAGGGAAAGCUGGAUCUCCUCAGCGACACAAACAUGGUGGAUUUCGCCAUGGAUGUGUACAAAAACCUCUACCCAGACAAGGAAAUUCCUCAUUCUUUGAGGGAGAAGAGGACCACUGUAGUGGCUCAGCUGAAACAGCUGCAAUCGGAGACAGAGCCAAUUGUUAAGAUGUUUGAGGACCCUGAGACCACUCGUCAGAUGCAGUCCACCAGAGAUGGGAGGAUGCUCUUUGACUAUCUGUCAGAGAAACACAAUUUUCGUCAAGAGUACUUGGACACUCUGUACAGGUACGCAAAGUUCCAGUACGAGUGCGGAAACUACUCUGGGGCGGCGGAAUACCUCUACUUCUUCCGUGUGCUGGUUCCCUCAACCGACAGGAAUGCUUUGAGCUCUUUGUGGGGUAAGCUGGCCUCUGAGAUUCUAAUGCAGAACUGGGAGGCAGCCAUGGAGGACCUCACUCGGCUAAGGGAGACUAUUGAUAACAAUUCUGUGAGCUCUCCUCUCCAGUCUCUCCAGCAGAGGACCUGGCUCAUCCACUGGUCCCUCUUUGUGUUUUUCAACCAUCCCAAAGGCAGAGACAACAUCAUUGAGCUCUUCCUCUACCAGCCUCAGUACCUGAAUGCCAUCCAGACAAUGUGCCCGCACAUUCUGCGCUACCUUACUACUGCAGUCAUCACUAACAAAGAUGUGCGCAAACGCAGACAAGUGCUGAAGGACUUGGUGAAAGUCAUUCAACAGGAGUCAUACACGUAUAAGGAUCCCAUUACAGAGUUUGUGGAGUGCCUCUAUGUGAACUUUGAUUUUGACAGUGCCCAGAAGAAACUAAGAGAGUGCGAGUCGGUUCUUGUGAACGAUUUCUUCCUGGUUGCUUGUCUUGAGGACUUCAUUGAGAAUGCCCGUCUUUUCAUCUUCGAGACUUUCUGCCGUAUUCAUCAAUGUAUCAGCAUCAGCAUGCUGGCAGACAAGCUCAACAUGACGCCAGAGGAGGCGGAGAGGUGGAUCGUCAACCUCAUCCGUAAUGCCAGACUAGACGCCAAGAUCGACUCCAAACUGGGUCACGUGGUGAUGGGCAACAACGCUGUGUCACCAUACCAGCAGGUGAUUGAGAAGACCAAAAGCCUGUCCUUCCGUAGCCAGAUGCUGGCCCUUAAUAUUGAGAAGAAGCUGGCCCACAGCAACAGAAAUGAGACACCAAACUGGGCAGCCCAAGACACUGGCUUCUACUAAAGGGACCAAUCAGGAUGGAGAGGUUGAAGAUGGCUGAUGUGAUCUUAUGUCAUCUUUUUACAGAUAUCAUGAAUUUAUCUACUUAUCCCAUAGUGUCGUUUAACUUCCAGUUUACUCCUUAAAUUGCAAAAUCCCCACCAAUAGGAGACAACCAGGGAUUUUGAGCUUGAUGGGUCACUGUUACUCAUAGACUCAUUUGUAUUUCUGUUGGCUCAACGGGGCCUCCCUAUUAAUUGGACAUCAUCUUUGAACUACAACCAUCUUCAUCUGGUGUUAUAAUUUUGACAUUUCUGCUGCAACUGAUUUGACUUUGUAAGGUGCAAGAGUAAAUUUAAUGAUCAAUUCCACUUUUUGACAUUAAACAUCCACUGCAAACCUUUAUGAACGGACUGUAGAAAUAAAACACCUUUCCACA